CCCUGUCCAUCCUGUCGCUCGUCUAUCUUCAUCUCUUCGUUUCUUUCAAUAUAUUUUCAUUCUUACACCAUUCCUUUCCAACUGAGUCUCUUCCUAUCAAUAUGGCCGACCGAACGUCGCUGUUUCCGCCGUCACCAACAUUAUCAUUUCUAUUGCUGGCAUUAACAUUGUCGAUACAGUCUACUCUCUGUUCAGGAAGCAAAUUGUCCCCAGAGAUCCGAUUAAAAAAAGAACUAAUGAAGGAUUACGACAGUGAGAUCAGACCCAUCUAUAAUUCAACUGAUCAUAUUCAAUUGUUUGUGACUUUUUAUCUCGACUAUAUCGUCAGUAUAGACGAGAAAAAUGAAAUCUUCUCUUUAAAAGGUUCGAUUUUCCAGCAGUGGACAGACGAAAUUUUGACGUGGGAUCCUUCAAAACACGAAGGAAUUAAACAUCUUGUUCUGAAAUCUACUUCCAUCUGGACGCCGCCACUGAUGGUCAUCAACGCCGUUAAUGCUUUCACAAUGGUAUCACAGCUGUUACGAAUCGACUAUACCGGAAAUACCUACAUGAAAAGUACGGACGUCUACACGACUCAUUGUCGCAUCAAAGUAUCUCACUUUCCGUUCGAUACACAAGUCUGUGAAAUAGUCUUCUCCACUCUGGCCGACAUAGAAAACAGAGUGUGCAUCAACGUACACCCUGAUAACGCAUACAAUAUGUCUCACUUUAGCAUUCAUGAUGGUUGGCGUCUGCUGAAGGUUGAAGCGAAAAUGAACGAAAAAGUCUCCAGCGACGUUUGCGCCAGUAAAAUCUAUUUCUUUUUCACUAUCCAACGUAAUUAUCUUUAUUACAUGCUCGUUGUUAUAUCGCCAUUGCUUCUCAUGUAUUUCUGUACAACACUCGUCUUUUUGAUACCAGUUGACUCUGGCGAAAAAAUAUCCUUCUCCAAUGUUCUUAUUCUUUCUUUCGCUGUUUUCAUGAACAGUUUCAGCAGCAUACUACCGCACAGCGCCGGCCAGGUUUCAAUUCUGGCCGUCUUUGUCAUUCUUUAUGUAAUCCAAUGCAUUCUGACUUUCAUGCUCUCCUGUUUCAUCACUCGGGUCAGACACUGCCACAGAAACCCGUUUACUUUCCCAUUCGGUUUGGGUGGCUUCUUGCAGCGAAUUCACUCUUCCAACAACGAGAAAAACAAGCGAGCAACUUUGGUUUCAUUUGUUAACAUGACCCGCAGUUUAUUUUUACCCCUGCUUAAAAACACGGGGAAAUCUGACGUUCCGGAAAUCGUAGCCGGAGUCCAUGAAUCUAACAUCAAUGACAAACCCAGAAUCACCGAUAGUCUUGAGAUCAGGCGCCAACUUUGCGAUAUUUUGGAUUACUACCUUUUCUAUGUCAGUUGUGUGAUUGUCUUUCUGGAAAUUCUGAUUACAUUUUGUUUCUUUACGGUGAUGUCGGAGACUUUCUGACUAUCGAACAGUCAGCAAUAUACAAAACAUUUAGAGGACUCGGAAGGGACAAUGUUUCAACUGUUUUCAAACUAGACACAAAGAUCUGGGAAAGAAAUACAAAAAAGCAUCCAUUGCACGUAUAUUUAAAACUGGUUGUGAAACUCUUUCUAGCA